AUGAGAGAUGAAAAACAACCAGGAAGAAUUUCUUUCCUUCCUAUAAGGGAUAAAAAGAUUGAUUUCAUACAGAAUUCAAAUAAUUCACUCAGAAUCCCCUUGAAGAUCAAGAGAAGAGGAAGAUCUUUUAAUUUUAGCAAGCGAAAAUCCUUGUUAAAGCCUAAAUACAUUUUCUCUAGCUUGCCAAGUGCUCUUGAAGAACUAAGUACCACUAGCCAGAAUAGAUAUCAUAAGAAAGAUGUAUGGAUUUUUCACAAAAUUUAGUGUCAUAGCAGCAUUGUUGAAGACUUUAGGCCAAUGGAUGUCAGGAAGCUCAAUUGUAUGCCCUCUUCAGAGACUAAGCAGAAGCUUGAUAUGAUGAUCUCAAUGUAUAACAACAAGUAUAUGAUCACUAAUUUGGAUAUGUUUCCAGCAGAUGAACAUAAGCCCAAAGGAAAGAGCUGGAAUCUGCUUAAAUAACUUCAUACUUCAGAAAGACUGCUCGAACUUCACAGAACAUUGCUCAAUGAUCAACGAAGACUUGUAUGAAAUAAUUAACACAGAUAAUGGGGAUAAAAUUCUAAGAAUGAAGAAACCUAAACAGGAGAAGCCCCGCAAGCCUGGAAAGAAGAAAAAGAGUCAACUAAAGAAACAUAUUGAUAGAGUUUCUUUUCCAAAAUAACGGUACUCGUCCAGAUAACUCGAAAAUAAAAUUUUCAGUAAAACUCAACGCAGUUAAGUCAUCUGUUGAUGACCGAUUCUUUGAUGAAGUAGUAAAGAACAGUGGCAAGGAGCUGUUUGAGAGGCAAUCUACUAUUGCUUCAUCUCCCUACCAACUCCAGCUAAACUGCUCUCCAAAAAUCGGGAAUCUUUCCAAGAAGGAAAAUUUCCAGUUUCAGAGUUAUAAAAUGGAAGUAUAAAAAGCCCUAAUGCCAAUUUUGAAACAUCAGAACGGACUCCAAAGAUAGCCCAAAGAGAAGACCAGGAGGAGACCCAAGAAUCCAAGAUUAACAGCAUUUUAGGAUUUG